AUGUCUUCCGAACUAGAUUUACUCAGACGAGAGAAUGCUAAGCUUGUGGUCGAGAAUUAUAGAAGACAAUACGAGUUUAAGGCCAAAAUCAUGAAACUGGAACAAACUGUUGAUAAAAUUGAUGAUAUCUCGCAGUCUCCAGUUUGUUCACCAUUGCCAGUAACAUCCCAAUUAUCUUCCCCGCCACCUAUCGAGGAUCACUCUGAUAAGAAAUAUAGUGUCAGCGUCAACUAA